CUUCAUCAUCUACGAAUGAACCAAGAACCCGCAGACGGAAGUACAGCAGCAACAAAGUCAUGCCUCCUGCAGGAACGUGAGCAGACUGCCGACAUGGAGGAAACACAGUUUGAUGAUAUUUUAGAUGACUGGUUUAUCGAGUCCCUGCGAACGUACAAAGAUCUUCACGAGUAUCACCUGGAACAUCCCACCCAGGUCAUCGAGUGGACAUCCGGAAAGACCGUGUGCGUCGCAGGAUAUGCCUCUUCUAAAAAUGAAAUCCUGGAGCUGCGUUUGCCUCUGAAGCUCUUCGCUGAUGAAAAUAAGGGUCUCUGCGCAGAACGGGAUUUCAAAGUCAUCAACGGUGGUUUGGCAGACGGUCCCGUCCGCUGCCUCAGACACGUCCCGGGAACAAGGUGUGUUGUUACCAACGAUGGGCUGAGCUCAGACCUGCAGGUGUGGGACCUCGGAGGAGACGACAGCGAUGUGAUCAGAAGAACGGGAAGUAUCGAGGGGAGGAGGCGAUUUUCAGAGGGAGGCAGCAGGAUCGCAGCUGGACUCUCGUCGCAGCCACAAGUUCUUCACGGAGCUCGGAGCAGCGAUGUCCAGCUGACCCAGCUGAUCUCAGGACAGAUUCUAUAUAAACUAGAGACCGACUCAGCAGAUCCUCUCAGUUCCUUACAUUUUGUGAGUGAUGCAGUCUUCCUCACCGGCUGCUGUAACGGGAAAGUUUACGUCGCUGACACUCGGACGUCUGCUGCUCCUCAGAUUUCACCUCCACCUGCAUCUUCAGGUGAAUCCGUCCUCUGGUGGACAGAUGCCUCCGCAGGUCUGUCCGGCUGCAGGAUCCUCAGACUCUCCUCCUCUGGACAGGCGGUGAUAUCAGACCUGAGGAACCUGGGGGGAGCUAUGAGUCUGGCUCGGCUGGACAUCCAAACACGUCGCUGCAACCUGGACGAUGUCAGAGUGUCGUGGGCUCCGGUGCUGGACGACUGUAUCGCAGUGUCAGGUUUCGGCGGAGCGGUUCAGAUCUACGACACAUCGCUCUGGAAGGCGGAGCUGCAGGAAGCUCAGCCGCUGUUCGAGCAUCGUGGUCACGCAGUUUCAUCAGAGUCUGAUGAAUGCGUCUGUGUCACCUCCCACGUCUGGCAUCCCGAGCGGCCACGGACGCUGCUGUCUGCAGCCUCGGACGGUUCCAUCCACGUGUGGGACUGGGUCGACCAAUCGGCUGCCAGCUGUUGACGGUCAAAGCGAAGAUCCAGCUCACCUGAUGAAAUGAUCACACAGUUCAUCACCCUCUGAAACCACUGCUGGAAACAUCAAACCGCCCUCUGUGGAUUCCAGUACAGCUUGCAUUUUUCAUGAUGGGUUGAAAGUGAAAUAUAAUUACAGAAACUAUUCAGGAGAUGAGAUCAGAGAACAUCUUCAGUAAAUAAACUGAACAUGUUCGUUUUCUCAUUUAACUAACAAUGCAGUCAGAUGGCUACUGGUUUUUGUAUUACAGCACUUUAUAUUGUGUUCUUGUGUUCACUAAUGAAAAAAAAAGGGUAACAAUAAGUUCAACCAAAACACAAAAAGUGGUAUCAGAUCAUGCUGAUAGUUUGGAUAUUACGUGAGAAUUGUUGCUAUAUUAAAGCAACAUUAUGCAUUUAAAUUUUUUUUAUCUUAAAAAUAACAGCCUUGAAAAUCACUUUGAUUGCACACUGACUUCUAGAAUGGCGUCCAUCAUUGCCACUCGGGGCCCCGGGAUAGCACCAUCUGGUACGUAGCAGGGAAGUGAAGAGUAAUGGCUUUUACUCGUUGAGCUAAGAGAGCUGAAAGGCUGCAGGACAGACGCUGAGCUGGUCUUCCAUCUGUUUGGACUAGUCAGUAAUAACACGUUACGAGUCUUGUGUUGCUUGAUGUUCAGCUGUUAGCAAAGUUGUCGACUUGCUAGUUUUUGAUCUUAAUGUGACUCCUAACAAAUGCACGUGUACAGCUGGCCUUAUUUACCACAGCGGUGAAUUAAAGUCUGAAACUGCAUUGACACCAAACCAUGAAAAAGACUUCAUCUUACAUAAUGUUGCCUUAAUAUAGUUGGUAGUGGAGACAAUAUAUUUAUUUUUUACACUGCAAGUUAACGUAGCAACAAGAUCGGGGAAAACACGGUUAAAGUGAAUUCAGACUGAUAAUCAAAACAGCAGCACGUGGUAAAAAUUUACCCAGCCUGCGUGGCUUUUCAAGAUAGCACAAAUAAUCAUAACAGUAAGACUGAUGCAGAGUGCUGCAAAUACAAUCACUUCCACUGACUGUCUAACACUAGAGAAAUCACAGUAAAUACAGAUUCAGUUUAUUGUGCCGACCUUUUUCAGCUUUGAGACUUACAUUUAAAACCACAAUUGUGUGUUUACUCCACAUAAGCGCCUUCUUAUUUAUCCUUUGGAUCAUUUCACAUUUAUGCCAACGGACCCUGGAGACUACUGCUUCUGUAGAAAUUGUCUAUUUAAACUGACAGUGUUUCAGCAUACAGAAGAUGCUAUUAAGUCUAAGAAACACAAAAGAAACUGCACUUCCCCUCUACUGUAUAGGACAUUUAAAAUACAAAUAUCUACAAAUAAAACAAUCUGCAACGGGGGAUAGUGAGACAAUCUGUUUAGGAAACUGGGUGACCCUUUAAAAUCGAUUAAACAUUGUCGCAGUGUGACAUCUGAUGCAGCAAUAACGGACAAAAUAAAUGAACUUCUCCAUCAGAGAACAAAAAGUAAAGUUUCUGGUCUUAAGGAGGUUUAUAGGAGAUUUUUCUGGAUGUAAUGAUGACAGUCAGAUUUUAGUUUACAGAAAUAAAACAUUCCAAACAUGUGA